UCAAUCCUCUGUAAUUAUGUAUCUAUGGACAAAUCAAUCCUCUGUAAUUAUGUAUCUAUGGACAAGUCAAUCCUCUGUAAUUAUGUAUCUAUGGACAAGUCAAUCCUCUGUAAUUAUGUAUCUAUGGACAAGUCAAUCCUCUGUAAUUAUGUCUCUAUGGACAAGUCAAUCCUCUGUAAUUAUGUAUCUAUGGACAAGUCAAUCCUCAGUAAUUAUGUAUCUAUGGACAAGUCAAUCCUCUGUAAUUAUGUCUCUAUGGACAAGUCAAUCCUCUGUAAUUAUGUAUCUAUGGACAAGUCAAUCCUCUGUAAUUAUGUCUCUAUGGACAAGUCAAUCUUCAACAAUUAUGUCUCUAUGGACAAGUCAAUCCUUAGUAAUUAUGUAUCUAUGGACAAGUCAAUCCUCAAUAAUUAUGUCUCUAUGGACAAGUCAAUCUUCAAUAAUUAUGUCUCUAUGGACAAGUCAAUCCUCAGUAAUUAUGUAUCUAUGGACAAGUCAAUCCUCUGUAAUUAUGUAUCUAUGGACAAGUCAAUCCUCUGUAAUUAUGUAUCUAUGGACAAGUCAAUCUUCAAUAAUUAUGUCUCUAUAGACAAGUAA